CCGGAGGUUGUGAAGGGGGAAAAGUUACAUCCGGGAAUCUACAAGUCAUAUAAGCCCAAAGCUCAAAAUGGCUGAGGUUUUGGGAUGAUUUGUGAAGUAACUGGUCUACAUAUUGUUUAGUUAAUUGUUUUUCCUCUCGUCCACUAAAUAAAGGGGACUAAAAACAUCACCUUUAUCCAACUUUAACUUUUACUUUGAACUGCCAAAAUUGGCUACAAUUUUAAUUCUGUGUGUGGAAGUGACGCAGAUUCAUGUGUUUUCAUGAAGAGAGGGGAAAAGCCCGAGGGUUACAGACAGAUGAGGCCCAAAACAUUUCCAGCCAGCAACUACACUGGCAGCAGCAGACAAAUGCUGCUAGAAAUUCGCGAGAGCCUCCGUCACCUGCCAAAACCAUCUGAUGUAGCCAAGAACGAGCAGCUGUCGGCCAAAGCAGAGGAUUCCAGGCAAGGGCGCAGUACCACCAAAUUCGGUACCUAUCAUAAGGCACUAGCUGAAAUUCGGAAUUCUCUUCUACCAUUUGCCAAUGUGUCAGGCUCAUCUCCAAGAGGAAAUUCAGAGAUCAACAGGCAGAUGUUUCAUGACCUGCAGCAAGCAGGUUUUGAUGAGGAUAUGGUUAUCAGAGCACUUCAGCAAACUAAUAGCCGCAGCAUUGAAGCAGCCAUUGAAUAUAUCAGCAGGAUGAACUAUCCUGAAAUGUACCAAGAACCUCACAUUGCUGCAAGAACUCUCAAUGCCAGCAUAAAACCUCCAGGCAACAUGCAGAAUCCUGUGAAUCGUAGGCAAAGCUGGAAGGGUUCUAAGGAAUCCUUGAUCCCUCAAAGGCUUGUGUCUCCUUUGUCUGACAAUGUAGUUUAUGCCUCUGAGAACUCCAGCUCCCAAACAGAAAUGGGCAGACCUUUGUCAGGUUCAGGGCUCUCUGCCUUUGCUCAAGCACUUCCUGUUAAUGGACAACGUGUGAAUCCACCACCCCCUCCUCAAAUGAGGAGUGUAACACCACCACCCCCUCCUCCUAGAGGACAAACGCCUCCUCCAAAAGGUACAACUCCUCCUCCAACAUCUUGGGAGCCUCAGCCAAAGCGAUAUUCUGGCAAUAUGGAAUUCUUAAUACCACGAAUGAACUCUAUUCCAUCUGGAAGUAGGCAAGAGGGUUUUCCAGUUUCAUCAGUUAAUACACAGUCUCAAGGGCAAAGAGCCAUAAAUUCUGUUCCUGUUGGUAGGCAACCUAUAAUCAUGCAGACCUCUAACAACAGCAAGUUUGCAUACUCUGGAAGGUCAGGGAUGCAGAAUGGUAAUGGAUCAAGUGAGUUCAUAACAAAUCAGGGAGGUGGAAAUAUUGGGGGUCGGCAGCCUCCUCCACCCUACUCUAUACCUAAUGGUCCAAACACUACAACUUUACAGGUACAAAGUGGUAGCGGUGGACCUUUAUCAUCUAAUGCUUACAAUAAUAGCAAUGUGCCCCCUUCCAUGCUUGUAUCAAAUCGAAACAGUCACAAUUUAGAGAUGUACAACAUUAGCUUGCCAGGUCACCCAACUUCCUGGCCUCAGGCUUCGUCUACACAGUCAGCUCCUGGGAGUAACCAUGACAUGCUGUCUUGGCAAACUAAUAUUCCUGUUAGGUCCAACUCUUUCAAUAAUCCAGUGGCAAGCUGGCAGGCACUGUCUACUAACACACAGACUUCUGCCACUACUGUGACUGCAGUCACUCCUUCUCCUAUUCAGCAGCCUGUAAAAAGCAUUAGGGUUUUAAAACCUGAACUACAGACUGCAUUGGCACCCACUCAUCCUACCUGGAUGACACCGAAUGUACAGCCAGGUCCUUUUCAGGAAGGUGUGUCACAUAACACUUCAGCGCAACUUGCAGAGGCACCAAAUUACCAAGGACCACCACCACCCUAUCCAAAACAUUUACUACAGCAAAACACUACUGUUUAUGAACCUGGAUUAAAAUCAAGCAAGGAGGAUGCUGCAGGUGUAUCCACAUGUACCCAAGAGGAAAUGGAGAAAAAUACAGAGCCUACUACAGGCAUCACAGAGAAAAAACAAAUAACCACAUCUCCUGUGCCAGUUAGAAGGAACAAGCGAGAUGAAGAAAGGAGGGAGUCACAAAUUCAGAGUUAUUCACCACAAGCGUUCAAGUUUUUCAUGGAACAACAUGUGGAGAAUAUACUGAAAUCCCAUCACCAGCGUCUACACCGAAAGAAGCAACUAGAAAAUGAAAUGAUGCGGGUGGGCUUGUCACAGGAAGCUCAGGACCAAAUGAGAAAAAUGCUAUGCCAGAAAGAAUCCAAUUAUAUCCGUCUGAAGAGGGCCAAGAUGGAGAAGUCCAUGUUUGUAAAAAUCAAAACUCUCGGCAUAGGGGCUUUUGGAGAGGUGUGCCUUGCUAGGAAGACUGACACCAAUGCUUUGUAUGCCAUGAAAACCCUGAGAAAAAAAGAUGUUCUUCUUCGAAACCAAGUGGCUCAUGUAAAGGCUGAGAGGGACAUCCUUGCUGAGGCUGACAAUGAGUGGGUUGUUCGACUCUAUUAUUCCUUUCAAGAUAAAGACAAUCUGUAUUUUGUCAUGGAUUAUAUUCCUGGUGGAGACAUGAUGAGUUUGCUAAUCCGAAUGGGAGUCUUCCCUGAGGACUUGGCCCGUUUCUACAUAGCUGAACUCACCUGUGCUGUUGAGAGUGUACACAAGAUGGAUUUCAUACACCGUGACAUCAAACCUGACAAUAUUCUCAUUGACCGAGAUGGCCAUAUCAAACUUACUGAUUUUGGCCUCUGCACUGGAUUUCGGUGGACACAUGACUCAAAAUACUAUCAGAGUGGUGAUCACUUGCGACAAGACAGUAUGGAUUUUAGCAAUGAAUGGGGUGAUCCAGCAAAUUGUCGCUGCGGAGACAGGCUUAAGCCACUAGAAUGGAGAGCAGCCCGACAACACCAGCGGUGCCUAGCACAUUCUUUGGUUGGGACACCAAACUAUAUUGCACCCGAGGUUCUGUUACGUACAGGUUAUACACAGCUUUGUGAUUGGUGGAGCGUUGGUGUCAUACUCUAUGAAAUGCUGGUUGGGCAGCCUCCAUUCCUUGCACAGUCUCCUGUGGAAACACAAAUGAAAGUAAUCAAAUGGCAAACAACGCUUCACAUUCCUGCUCAAGCAAAACUUUCCCCAGAAGCCUCUGACCUUAUUGUCAAGCUGUGCCGAGGUCCAGAAGACCGGUUGGGUAAGAAUGGAGUAGAUGAAAUUAAAGUACAUCCUUUCUUUAAAAACAUAGACUUCUCUAGUGACCUGCGACAACAACCUGCUCCAUAUACCCCUACAAUAACUCAUCCAACAGAUACUUCUAAUUUUGAUCCAGUGGAUCCAGAAAAAUUGUGGAAUGACGAGGACAAGGAUGGAAACAAAAAUGAUACUCUUAAUGGAUGGUACAAGAAUGGAAAACACCCUGAACAUGCCUUUUAUGAAUUCACCUUUAGAAGGUUCUUUGAUGAUAAUGGGCAUCCAUACAAUUAUCCCAAACCAUUCAGGUAUGACUAUGAUGACACCCAAGACAUGGGUGGAGAAGACUCUGACGCAGAAGAAAGUGAGCAAGAUGGCAACAGACCCCCAAACAGGGAUCUAGUAUAUGUUUAGUUGUACAUAUGUAUUAUUUAAGUAAGGUACUACUGUAUGCACUUUCUUGCAGUACCUAGUUGUUAAUUACACACUAUAAUUGCUAUUAUAAUUAGGCUAGGAGUUCACAACCACCAUUUGAAUGGUGUUACUCCUUAAUAGAUACCAAUGUUAUGGUUCCUUCAGUCUUACACACUCAGGGGAAGCCUCUCCCUAUAGCAGCACCUUUUUAUAACUGUUUUAAUGUCAUUUUAUUUUAUAGUCCUAUUUAUAAGUAUCCACUAAAAAUUACUUUUCAGUUAAACUGGUAAGUUGCGCUAUUGUUUGACAAUAAUAAUGUGGUCUCCAGAAGAUGUUAAUGAGGGUAUAUGUAAAAAACCUGAAAUUCAUUUUUAAUUUAUACUCAGUUCAUGAAUAUCUGCCAAAAAUAUUGUAUUUCAGUUUCUAAGUUCUUUGAUGCAAUCUUUGUUUGCACUCUAAGCUGGUUUCAUUUUGUCUACUUUAAUUGUUAAACAGCUAAUAUUUUAAAACAGAAGUAUACAUGAAAUAUAAGAAAAAUUAGCUGUUGUCGAUUUGCUGUAAAAGUUUAUUGCUUUAUUGUAGUGGUUUAACAACUGACCAUUUUUGACUGUGGAAAGAAAAAACGUUUAAUAAUAAUAAAAAUAGAGACCCAUGAGUGCUUUUGAUAUUUGCUAAGGCUAGUCCCACACAGGCAAUAAAAUGUUAUCUGCGGCUCUGGUAACAGAAAAAGAGUGUUUCACCACAUAUAAGAUCAUGAGAUGCCUUUAAAGCAACUGUGAGUGCUAGAUUCAUGUUGUGUCAUAGGCACCAGAGAGAGAAACUGUUAAAGGGGGACCUGUCACCCUAACUAGUAAUUGCAGAUCCUAUUUUAUUAAGCUAGUCAAGCAAAAUAAACUUUAC